UACGUGUUCAGAGCAAAUCCCUGGCUCUGGCUCCCUCGCCUUGCCUUGCUUGCCCUUGCCGUUGCCGUUGUCUUGUGGGGUGUGGGUUACUCUGUGUCUUGGGAUUCUUCUGUGUGACUCCGCAUCUCUUGCUCGAUUUGGGUCGUCGACGCUGUUGCGCGGCAGAAUUCGACGUAAUUUUUUGUGAGUGGCAGUGAGAUUUUGUCGCUGCAGCCAUGAGCGACACAGCCAGCGGCAACGACUGGGAGCUUGUGAGUGAAGGGCUUUCUUCUCACCCCUCUUCGGCGUCCAGUUCUAGCGAUGCGGGUGCUGAUGGGGCGGUUGAGAGAGGUGCGGAGGGAGGCGGUGAAGAGGGUGCUCAUGAUGGGAUAGGGACUGUAGAUUCGGGUGUAGGCUCUGGUUAUUUCCUUUGUAACCCAUCCACUCCCUCCCUGCCCUUGGAGUUUCUUGGUGUCGGUGAAGUGGAGCAGUUUGAUGUGAUGAAACCUACUGGGGUGCCAUCUGAGGCGCCGUCCGAUGAUUCCUUUACCGUGGAGGAUGCAAAGAGAAAACAGGUUGAGGAGCUCGAUUUUUCGCGUGGCAUUCUGAUGCCCGACAGCUGUACUACGCAACUUCAUGAAUUAUCCAAAUUGGAUUGGAUGGAGCCGAGGCCUCCAGGCGCAGGGAAUCAGCUUCUAGAAUUCGAAGGUAGUGAACUUGGAAGUACAAGCAAUCCAGACGUAUUUGCUCCAGAGAUCAAGGCCAGGAUGGAACGUGAAUUACAUCAAGUAGGUCCAUUAUUAGGUUCAUGCAUGUCUGCUCCAUCCUCUCCAACCAUUGUCAGUCGGGACAAUUCGUUUCGGCUUAGUCUCAGUGAUGAGAUGGUAGGUCGUGUCAUUGGCGGUGAUGAUACUUCUCAGCGUGGGUGUUCUAUAGAAGUGGAGCCAGAUACAUUAGCAGCUGUAGAGCAUGAGAUGCUCUUGGCACACUCGGCUUUCAUAUCUCCAGACUCAGUUGCUGAUAUGAAUAAGAUUGGGGUUUCAAGUAAAGAGAGCUCAGCAUCUGCCCUUGAAGAUGAGCAUGCUGUUGAAACCUGGUGGAAUAAACCAGUGCACGGUCGACAAGCGAGCACAUAUUGGUCCUUUGCCUUAGCUGCGGCUGUGAUGGGCCUUGUUAUCCUGGGUCAUCGAUGGCAGUAUGAACGACGUCAAAAUCACCAGCUUCGUUUACGUCUCAUCGCAAAAGAAGAGAAAAUUGGUCAACUUGUACUGCAACUAGCUCGCUUGAAGGAAGCAUUGUCAGGUCGCCGGCGGGUGCCCGUUCUGCGCUCCGGCUCCUAUCUCAAUGACUCGUUUGACCGCUAUUAAACUGGGUCACUUCCUGAUCUUCACGUGCUUAUUUGUGUGAGUUAUUUGGAAGGUAAUGAUGCGAAAACAGGUAUCUUUUUUGCAUCUCUUGCAUGCAUCUUUUCUGUGAAGAUCUUUUGUAAAUACUGUUGAAUAUUAGGAUAAAAGGUUGAAAAAAUUAGGUGGCUGAAAUGUUCAGAACUUCAGGAGUGGAACAGUGCUUAGUGUGUCAAGUAGAUAUUGUACCUCAUGGUUUCCACCAGCUUUGGGAUCUUGUGAGCUAUUCAUAUGACGUCUUUCUCAUGCACGAUUCUAUUAUCUUCUUUACACCAACUAAUACGAUUGUGUGUGCCAUGUAGUAUGUGGACACAUAUAUGUUAAGGUUGUUGCUUAUACUUUGGUUUACUUAAAACAAGACAUUUCUGCAUAGACAAUGUGAGCUUAGCAAGCUUGGUUUGGGCUGUGUGGUCUUGGCAUGUAUAAAGCUGAAGUUCCAGACAUAGUUAUUACCUGGAAUGUAUCUGCUGAUCAUUUAACAUUUGUGUGAACUUUUAAAUCCUUGAUUACUCUUAACUUAUUCUUGA